AGACGCGCAGGCUGGCUGCGGUUUGGUUCUUCGUUGCUCCGGGAACCAUGUGGCGAGGGAGCGUUUUCGGGGCCGAGAGCUUCCGUGCUUGCCUUCGCGCCCGGCGGGGAGGCCUCGUGGCUCAGGACAGGUACAGGGUUCAAGGCUACUACUUGGCAACUCUUGCUUUCAAGGUCAGCCAGCUUGCAUGUAGUAGUAAGCAGUGCAAGAGUUUUGGCAUCUCUGCUGUCUUCUGGACUUCAGAAGAUGAACGGCACACUCCAGUCAACGAUAUUGAUGAAAAGACUGAUGAGAGGAAUAAGAGGGAAGCCAUGGAAGCAACUGCAAAGAAGAACUUGCUGAAUGUCCUUAGUGAAAUGAAAGUAGAAGUGAGUUCAAAGAAGACAUUUCAGAAGUUGAAAGCCCAGAAAAUGAAGGAUAAAAAAAAAGACUUGCCAGAACAUCUGGAGAGCACAAGCAGCAUGUUCCAGAAAGCUGCAGAAGACAAAGCUAAGAGCAAGCAGCUCGGUCCGGAGCUCGUUGCAGCUGCCUCUGCUGUGGCCUCUUCUCUGCCAUUCGACAGGAAGAGCACAAUUUCAGAACUGCUUCAGCUGCUCAAAAAGCAGAAGGAUGUCACUGAGGAGCGCAGAAGAGGAGAAGCCACCAACAUAAGCAAAAUAGUUACAAACAUGAAGAUUGGGAAAAAGCCUCCUACGCGGGAUGCCUUCAGGGCAUCUAAUCAGAUUCAGUUUGAUGAUGAUGGACGAGGCUAUAUGAUUGAGAAAGCCUUUUCUCGUGAACCUUCAAAUCUUAAAAGGAGAGGGCUGUAUUUAUCAAAAAGACUUAAUAUUUUCCCUGCUCCUCCUCCUGCAACAGAGAAAAGCCUUGAAACAGUGACGGAACCGACCAUUUGGGAUGUGGAGCUCGCCAAAGAGAUUGCCGCAGUUGGUCAGCGCCCCCCUCGGAAUGGUUUUGAGGAGAUGAUCGAGUGGACAAAAGAAGGAAAGCUGUGGGAGUUUCCAAUUGAUAACGAAGCUGGUUUCGAAGAUGACGUGGAAUUUCAUGAACACAUAUUUCUGGAUAAACACUUGGCUGACUUUCCUAAGGAAGGACCAAUUCGUCAUUUCAUGGAGCUCGUAACCUGUGGACUUUCUAAAAAUUCAUACCUGAGUGUUAAAGAAAAGGUGGAAUAUAUUGAUUGGUUCCGGAAUUACUUUAAAGAAAAGGAAGAGCUGCUUAAGGAAAUUGAAGCACAUGAGAAGGAAGCUGUUCUUGAAAGAGAGAAGCUCUCGAAGUGAAAAUGUUUUAAUGAAAGAGAAAACAAUGGACUUUUGUUGGUACAUAUUGAAUAGUUGUACAGUCCAGUCGGGAAAAAGAGAUGACUAUAUAAAAUAAUUUUAAAAGCAUCUCAAAUUCAGAGAAGAAGCUGGUUUGUAAUUAAUCAAUACUGAUAUUGGCAAGCUUUUGUAAUUCUGUUUCGGACAAGCUAAGUGAAAGUUUGUUUCCUUUUUCCCUCCGUUUACCAUAUUAGCACUUGUAUCAUAUUGUUAAAUCUUCCCCAUUCUUUGCUUAAAUACAUUCGGAGGUGAAAUGAGUCCAAAUAAGUGUGUGGGGGGGGAGGGAAUCUGUAAUCUUACAAAUUCUCAUUCACGAUCUGCCAAAACUUCAACUUCCAUGACCAUUUUUCUCCCUUUGUGAGAUUCAGUUUAUUUUACCUUUUAGCUUUCAGUGGAAUUUACGUGGAAGUGCAUCAUAAGGCCAGACACGACUUCAGUUUGUGAACCGAACUUGUGGCGGUUUGGUAAAUCUUCUUCCAUAACGAAAAUAGUUGUAUCGUUCUUAGAAACUUCCCUCCUUUUGGUUCCUGUGACUUCCCAGUAAUAUUAAUUAAACCUUAUUUCAGGAG